CCCCAAAACACCACCGCCGUCACGAGAAAACCGGCGGCACAACAACCCACGCAAUCACAUCGACCCCGUCCCAGCCAUGGCGCCCCUGAUCGACACGUUCGUGUCCGCCAGCACGUACAACGCGCUACCUCUCGUCGGCGCCGCUUCCCAGGUUCGCCGCGACUACUGGCACGAUCUCCGCAACCUGGGCGAGCUCCUAUACAACCACGGCAUUACCAAGGACCUCUUUUGCAUCCACGUGAUCCACAAGCAUGGCGACGUUGCCUACGACGGCGAGGUCAUGGUGCUUGACAAGGUCGAUGCGCACCCUGGCCGCGACGGCGACGGCAGCGGGGGCGGAACAACAGCCCAGAAAAUGGCCAUGAAGCCGGUCGCGAUAGCAGCGGCGAGCAGCACAACAGCGACCACAACAAGCAGCUUGCAAAGACAGCAACUCCGCGGGAUCCACUACUUCGUCAACAGCGAAGCUCGUCUCCAGGCCUACGAGUAUGCCGCCGCUGAUGCUGAUGAUGAUGGCGGCGGCGCACUCGACAUGUCCGGCUACGCGAACUUCCUGAGCGAGUUCUGCCGCGUAGUCUCUGAGCACAGCCUGCAGCACAAGUUCGGCCUCAGGUUGGAGGAUCCCAAGCCCAAGACGACCGAUGACGGUGACGAGACGGAUACUGCCGCUGGGCAGAUCGAGUUCGAGUGCGGGCUCUGCUCAACCUUCCGCCGCUCGGGCUACUACGACGACAGCAGCCAGGAGAUGGACGACUUGUCCUUGGGCAGGCAUUCUUCCGGCGGCGGCAGUUCAAGGUUCGGUCUCGGCACUGGCAUGGUGUCGAUCUUUGGGUGAGAACGUGAGACACUUGAGGGUAGACGUCUCGCCAAGUCUUUGGUGCUCGAUAGAGGGGAAAAAAAAAGGGGGUAAAGGAUACGUUGCGGCUCCCGUUAGAUAAACAGGUGGAUGGCUCACUGGUGCAAGCUCUCGCGAAGUUUUAAAAAAUCCCCAGGUGCAGAUUCAAGACGGGCACCAAAGUUUCUUGUUUUCGUGACGUAACAAAGUGUAUUCGCAACCCCCAUGGGCCGUUAUCC